CCGUUUGAGGUGGUGGUGGGAUCUUAGGAGAGUGAGCAGAAGCUGAUGGUGGUGAUGGAAAUGGGACAACAUCAGGUUCUUAGGUUCCAUAUCUAUCGUUGAACGGAAACGACAAUAACAACAAGAACAAGAACAAAUCAUUCACUCCUUCUUCUUCCCGUCCGUUGUCUGGAUCUCCCCCGUGACAAUAUGUCGCUCAUUCAAGAUCCUUCGGACACCAUCGAUCAAUUCGUAGACCUCCAGAAUAGUAGUGCUGAAGAGGAAGCUGAGCCCGUGGAGCGCGCUCGGGUAGGCGCCCCUCCCUCCUCCUCUUUACCCCUAGUCAGCCCUGCCGUGUCAGUGUGGAGUAGUCCGGAUUUGAUGUCGGAGGGCAAGUGCCCGAUCCUUCCGGAUCGCAUGGAAAGUAUCCCUGCCGCCGCCAUGUGCGAAGAGGAAUCUUUGGACAGCAUCACCGACAAUGCUUUGAAUGAGGAGUUGGCUGCUAUGCAGAAACGCGAUGCUUUGGGACCUGAUCCUCUGGUGCUCAAGUCUCCCACAGGUCCCGAUGCCUUGGAAGAUAUCAACUCCUUUGAUGGAGUCAAGUUCAAGAACGAGGCCAAUCCGAAUGACGAACGCUUUCAGGAGGGUUAUUUGGUCUGGGCCAAGGUGAAGGGAUACUCGUAUUGGCCAGCCGUGGUCACGGUCGAUCCCGUAGAUGCAGUGACCGUCAAAUUUAAGUUCAGCCCGGCAUUUCGUCGAGUGAGCCGAUCUCACGUUCAUUUCUUGGCCUACGCCAAUCAACGGGCCUGGAUCCAUGAGUCGUCUAUGCUUCAUUUCAAGGGCAUCAAGGCGUACCAGAUCAUGGCCAAACGAUUGGGCUCCAAGCGCGCCAAGGACUUCUUUCCGACCAAGAAAUAUCAGGAGAUGUUCGAUAAGGCGGUGGCUCUAGCGGAGGAGGUCCUACCCCUACCUUUUCCAGAGCGGAUCAAACGCCUUGGGUAUGUGUAUGUGAAAGUCCAGAAUGAAAAUGCCACUGCAGAUCAGUCCAGACCUCCUCAAGUGAAAAGUGAAGUGAAUGGCAAAGUCAAGAAGGCUCCACGUGGAAAACGGAAGCGGUCGGCCGAUGGAAAAGACACCAAGUCAGCCGAGCCGAUUGCCAAGAAGAAGCGCCUGGGCAAACCCACUCCAAGUUUGCCUCCGACCCGUAAAAGCUUGGAUCCUACCAAACCUGUACCAGUGCAAAAGGCUCCUGUGAAACAAAGACGUAAGGCUCCCGGUCGAAAAAAGACCACUCAGGCCCCUUCUGUACCCGCCUCCGCCUCCUCCUCGUCCUCCUCGUCUUUGAGUACACUAUCGUCACAAGAAAUUUUGGCGAAGCUUCCGGUAUUGAAUGUAUCUUUACCUGAGGGCGAAGAUAAUAUCACCGAUCUACAUGACAAUGUACUUGAUGAUUUUGCGACAACCGACGAGCACGGAAUUGGACUUGGUAGCUUAGUGUGGGGUAGGAUGGCGGGGUUUCCGUACUGGCCGUGUUUCGUGACCCAAAGUCCGGAGGGACAGAUCCGGAAAGAGAGCAGCAAACGUGGCUUAGAGUAUUACGCUCAAUUUUUCAAUUGGAACAACGAAUCGGGAUGGAUUCGGAAAGCCAUGCCGUGGAAAUCUUUGGAGGAAUUUCAAACUUUGGCGCGGAAAAUACCCAGAUCGAAUGCAAAAGAGUGGAAGGCUUGGAAUCCUUCCGGCAAGAUGAUGCAAAAGAAGUGGGAGAUAGCUGUGAGUAAGGCCCAGAGUACAGCCGAGAUGACACGCAAGGAAAGGUACGAUAGUUAUGUUGUGUUCUACAAAUCGGAUGCAGCGAAGGAAAGGCUUAGGCCUAAAGUGGAGUCUGGAGCAACCAAUGGUCAAGAGAGUAAGAAGCCUCGGGUCCGAAAAAGGCCCAACAAAAAGAGUCUUAGCAGGCCCGUGUUUACUCCGAUCACGACGGAGGAUAUCACCCCAAGCAAGCUAAAACAGGUAACAUACACUCCUGCACCAAGCCUGGGAAGGCCUCCCAAAAGCUAUAAAUUCUUCAAGUCGAAAAACUCCUUCGACAAACGGAAUGGUGCUAAUGCGAACUCGCCUGUCACUCGCAAAGAAUCUGUCAGACAAAAACCGGGUCCGAAACGGUCCAAAAUGUUCCACCCUGAAGAGAGCAGCUCCAUGCCCAAUUCGGAUCACGGAGACGGCGAAAGAGGUAGAGAUUCACAAAAUACGCAGAUCAAAGGUCCUCAUCACGAGAUGCCUCCCAAAUGGAAAGUAGUCUUCCUUAGAUCUGGUCAACCGCAAUAUGAGAGUCCUGAAGGAAUAGUGUUCAACUCAUUGCAAUCCGUGAUGCGCCAUUUGUUCCUCCAGAAUACCGGGCCUUUCGGAAGAAAAAGAUCAUAUUCCUUUUCCUCGACCUCGAGCAUCCACUCGUUAGCGGAUUCGGCCAGCGGGUGGUUUUUAGCCCAGACCGACGAGUUCAGGUACAAACAAUCUCCGCACUCGACGAAUGUGGCGGGAAAUCUAGAGAGUUUUAUCCGUUAUGAAACGGAUGAUUCCUUACCCAAGGGCUGGACUGUGAAGAAAAUUCGCGAGAUCACCAAUCCCAACGUGACCUCAUCCCUAUUUAUCUCACCCGAGCCUGAGGAAGAAUGCUUUAACACCAAAAUGGAUGUUGCCAACUACCUGGAGCCCAAAGGCCAUCCUGCCUUGGAGGUUGGGCAAAUUAUGUCCAUUCUUGUGGGGACUAUCCCACGAUCGCAAGAAAAUCAAACAGUGGCCUCCUCGCCUAGAGGAACGCGCUCUGACGUGAUCACCAUUAAUUUGAAACAGAGCAGUCACGACGAAUUGCCUAACCAUGCAGCUUUAGGCAAGUCGUUUUUAAAGUCAUUUGUGGACCUAGUCCAACUUCCCAAUAUAUUCUUGACCCAUCCUAGCGUUCGUGUGACGGAGAACUCCAAGGAAAUGGUCAUCUCAGACAUUUUUACCGGAGAGUUCAUCGCCAAAAAAGUGACUUGUGAGGAGAUCGAGUAAACCGUCGCCAUCUAAGAUCAUUGAUCCUUUACCAGAAAGUACAGCAAUUUUAUUCUCAAUUCUUGAGUCAUUUACUGUCUCAUCAGAUCUUAUCAGCAUCAAGCUUGUGUGUUUUUAGUCUCCCUUAUGUCAACACCAACUUUGCUAAUAUAUCUUGUAACUGAAUUUGUUGAAUUAUAUAACAACAAGCAUCA